AUGGCGGCACCAGAGAGUUACGUUCAGAAGCUUCAGCACUACUGCGCCACGAACCAGAUCGCCCAACCUCAGUUCCAAGAUUACAGCGACCCACGAGGUAUACGGACAGCCUGGUCCAGCAGUGUCUUCGUACACGGUCGCGAAUACCGAGCCCACCUCUGGCGAGACUACCGCUACCUCGAACAGUCCCGAGAAGAAGCCGCCGAAGUCGCUUGGAAAGCACUCAACUCCGCUCCUCCUCCUACGAGCACCGUGGUCCAGCCGCAAUACACCCGUGCCUACACGACAUCUCGAUAA